CAGUCCGCUUGAUCCCGCUAACUUGGACAAAGUUAGCAUGCGUAGUGACGGUACCGCUGUGAAACAACUGUUCACUAGUCUGGUUUCUUCACUUGGUCGUGAAACAGCCACACGCGAACUCAAAUGGAUGAAGAGUGCGGCUCUGAUCGCAUCUCAUUCUCCCACACUUCCCGCAAUGCUUCAGCGUAGGUUGAGUGGAGAACCACUUCAAUAUAUUCUUGGUACAACGCCUUUCGGUCCCCUUGACCUGCUAACAAGGCCUCCAACAUUAAUACCACGUCCUGAAACAGAGCACUGGACUCUUCAACUUGCGGAUCUGUUAACGCCGACGCCCGCACGUCCGCUAACCGUUCUCGAUCUAUGCACUGGUACCGGCUGUAUACCCCUCUUAUUAUGUCACCUCUGGCCACCAGGCAGCACUCGUGCUUAUGGUGUAGACAUAUCUCAAGACGCUAUCCGCUUAGCCACCGAUAAUGCCGCACGUUGCAACAUUCCGUUAUCCCAUGCUUCGUCCCUGGCUCCAUACAGUCAAAACGUAUUCAUCCCAGUGCUUGGUGAUCUCCGUAAUCCAGACGUUUUCAAGCGUGUCCUGCCACCGUUCGACGUUAUUACGGCGAAUCCUCCUUACAUUCCAAAACGAGAGUACGACGAGCUUCCCAUUUCAGUCAAGAAUUACGAAGAUCCUGCCGCAUUGUUGGGGGACCCGCCAGGUUCCGAAGAACAAGAUGGCCUGACCUUUUAUCGUCUCAUUGCGCAGCUCCUAGCACAAAAAGGGAUGCUGCGUGAAGGUUCAAUCGUGGCAUUGGAAGUCGGUCAAGGCCAAGCAGAUGCGGUCGAAGCCAUACUCCAACAGUCAGCAGGCUUGCGAAAGACGCAAGUAUGGAAAGACCCAUGGAAUGUCAAACGUGUCGUCCUUGCACGCGCUUGAGGAUACUCACAUCACCAUCCACGUGUCAUAUCCUCGAGUGAUCGACGCUCUUCUCAUCUCCAGAUGCGCGUAAUAAUAGCAAUCUUACUCCGUUUUCUGCC